CAAACAUCAGACGAAUUGUCCGGGGCAUUUUCACCAUUUUAGUGAGCCUGAGGAACGUGACAGCUCGGAAAUGAAGCUAUUUUGCCUUGUUUUGGUUAUUUACGUUGUGGCUCUGACCCUAUUCGGGGUUGAUGGACGUGGCGGGGGCACCACAAACGGAUUGGAGGAGCCCAAGUUCGUCGGCCUGUUCCAGCGGGCGCGGCGCCAUGUCCCCGGAAUAAAUCGUCUUCAUGAAGGUUUGGUGGCCAACGAACCGCCGCCACCACCCAAGAUUCGAUCCCGUCGUGAUGCUUUGGAAGAGAUCCUGGUGGCCAAUGAGAAUCCACCACCACCACCGCAAUUCAGGCCACGUCGUCAGGCUCCACCCGGUAUGCCUCCACCACCUGACGGUAUGCCGCCACCACCCGAUGGCAUGCCACCACCCCCUCAGUUCCUCCUAUAAAGAAAAUCUAAAUAUAUAUCAUGAAGUUGGGCGUUUGUGCAUGUAAAUGGGAACCACAUCGAAGCUAAAAUAUAAUCGUGUAAUAAAACUCGUUUCAAGCAUUCCAAAAAAUUCCAAAA